UUUCAUUAGUCUGUUGUUGAGUUUAACUGUUCUUCCUUUGACUGUUUUGUUACACUGUAGCUGGAAUGAGGCAAAAAAACAAACAAAACAAUUACACCAUUAUUUUUCAUAGCACAGGCCAACAACAGUGAUGUUGUCAGAAGCUGGAUGUGUGUUGAUGGUUUACAUUCUCAGCAUCUCAGGUGUUGAAGGAAAACCAACGAUCAUCUGUGCUUUGAGAAGUUCAUCAGUGAAUCUGAACUGCUCAGCUUCACAUUCAGCUGCAAACAUGAAAUGGUACAUUGUGUACAUGAAUAAUACAGAAUAUGUUCAUAAAGAUCUCUCUGUGCAUGAAAAUCAUGAAAGGAUGAGACUAUCAGAAAAUGGUUUAACUCUGACAAUCAGAGAUCUAACAGAGAGUGAUGGAAAACAUUACUGCUGCAGUGAAUCUACUCCAGAUAAAACAGACAGCUGCCCACACAACAGUAUUCAGCUCCAGGUUGCAGAUCUUCAGGUAAAGGUGUUUCCUGCCACAGAGGGACAGAAAGUAACUCUGAUGUGCACAACCAGCUGUCUUCUGACUGAAAGCCCUGCAGCCUUCAUCUGGUACAAGAACAGAAAGUUCCUCUAUGAGGACUGGUCCCCCUGGUACCAAGAGCUGGUCAGCAGUGAUCAGGCAGUCAGAUACUCCUGUGCUAUCAAAGGCUACGAGGACCUCAGAGCUCCUGAGGUCUUAGUGGAUUCUGUCACAUGGAACUGCUUCAGUGUGACCUACGCUGAAGGCAGAAUGUGUUCCUACAAACAGACAUCAGAGAAACAGUCCUGCUCCAUCACAUUUCCCACAGAACUUCAAGUUGAAAGGACAGAAGCACAGAAAGACAAUUUUAGACUAACGUGUAACUCCAACUGUUCUCUUACUGACCUUCAACCUUCCUUUCAGUUGUAUAAAAACACACAACGUGGUUUACAGAAAGUUGAUCAGAAAGCUUUUGUUACCAGAACAUCAUCAGAGAGCUUUUUCUGUUCUGUGGAGGAUCUUAAGGAUCUGCUCUCUAAUGAAGUUUGUGUUGAUGGUAACGACUGCUCUAGUGUGAAUUACGUGAGCAGGAGAAUCUGUGGCCUGAAGGGUUCAUCAGUGAACAUCUCCAGCAUUUACUCACUUCCUGGAAACCUACAGCCACAGACUAAACUCUGGUUUAAAGAGAAGAUAAAUAUGAAGCAGGAAACAGAACAGCUGAUGGAGGAUAAAGAUGAUGUGAAGAAUCUGGACAACAUGAAGAACCAACACAUCCUCAGAUUAGACAACCUGGAUGAGAAGGACAUAGGAGAAUAUAAAUUCAGAAUGAAAUCACAGAAUGAUGAACUGAUAAAGUCUGAUUAUUCAGGAGUUACUCUGAUUGUCACAGAGCUCCUAGUGGAUCUGAGACCUGCUGCAGAGGUGACUGAGGGUCAGAGAGUCACCUUAACCUGCAGGACCAGCUGUCCUCUUAGUGAAAACACAAACUACACUUGGUACUUGAACAGUCAGCAUCUGAGUCUCACAGAAACACAAAGCAAACAGCUCAUUAUAGAUGCAUUUAGCCGCCAGGAUGAAGGAAACUACUCCUGUGGAGUUGAAAUGAUCAGAUCAGCUGUAAAGACUCUGACUGUCCAAAGAAGAACAGUAAACUGGAAGCCAGCAGCUGCAGGACUUUCUGCCGCUCUCUUGGUUCUGUUAUCUCUCAGUGUUUUCUUGUAUAGGAAAUACAAGACUUCUCAUCAGUGUUCUGGAAGUGAAUCAGUCAACAAUAUGGAUGAGACAAACACUGAUCAUACGUAUGAAGAGAUUGAAGCUCAACCAGAAGAAAACGAACUGCCUUACAGCCAGUUAGUUUUAGAGAAAAUAAAUCCUCUUUACUCCAGUGUCCAAGAGCACCAAGAACAGCAUGCCUCCAAUGUUAUGGUCAAAAUAUGAACAAACACAAAUUCAGAUUAAACAGGGUAUUGAUGAUAAAACCAA